GUCGCGUCAGCCUCAGCAGCGGCGCCCCGCUGAAGGGGCGGAGGCGCGCCGCCCGAAGUGGCUCGCGCCGCGGCGCUAGCGCCUUUAUAAGCCGGCCGGGCGCGUGUGCGUGCGAGGCCGAGUGAGAGGGACGCCGCUGCCUGAAUCCCAGCAGAAACCUGAUGGAGAAACCUGUACCUCAACCUGAGAAUCAUACGUGGAGUUGUUCUUGUACAGCCAGGGGAAGAUACAAGGAUCACCUAGGUGGAACUUCAACAGGGCUAGCAGCCAAAGUGGGUGAAAUGCUAACCUCAUCUGUUUCCAGUUCUUCUCUGACCUUGGUGGGUCAUGCAGCCCGGCACCCAAGCAGCCCAAACAGAGGCAGUAGCCCUGGUAGCAGCUUGAACUUAAGCAGAGACUUACUGCAACGCAGCCUGGUGCUUUUUGCAGUGGGCACUUUCCUUGCACUGGUGCUAAACUUGCUGCAGAUUCAGAGGAAUGUCACGCUGUUCCCUGAGGAAGUCAUCUCUACAAUCUUCUCUUCUGCCUGGUGGGUGCCCCCUUGCUGUGGGACAGCCGCAGCUGUUAUUGGCCUGCUGUAUCCCUGCAUUGACAGCCGUCUUGGUGAACCUCACAAAUUCAAACGAGAAUGGGCAAGCGUAAUGCGAUGCAUUGCUGUCUUCGUUGGCAUUAACCAUGCAAGUGCUAAAUUGGAUUUUGCAAACAAUAUCCAGCUUUCCCUGACCCUUGCAGCUUUGUCGCUGGGCCUCUGGUGGACAUUUGAUCGUUCGAGAAGUGGUCUUGGUCUUGGGAUUACAAUUGCUUUUGUAGCUACUCUGAUUACACAGUUUCUGGUCUAUAAUGGAGUUUAUCAGUAUACAUCUCCAGAUUUCCUUUAUAUCCGUUCUUGGCUACCAUGUAUAUUUUUCUCCGGAGGUGUGACUGUAGGAAACAUAGGACGGCAACUUGCUAUGGGUGUUCCCGAGAAACCUCACAGUGACUAAAUACCCGGAUCUGACAGUGACUAAAUACCCGGAUCUUGGUGAAAGCAGAAUAAGGAUCAGUUCAAGCUAGCAUUUUUCAUCUUGAAUUACCAGCAUGAGCUCUCUGUACCUUGGGAAGGGAUGAACUCACCAUAAAGUGGCCAAGAUUUAUUUGAUUUAUGUCUGAGAAGUUUCUGACUCUGUGGUGGAAAAUGUUCAGCACAGAUUUUUCAUGCACAAUAAGCCGAAUCAUAAUGGCUGUCCUUCCGAAUCCUGGAAACAGCUGCCAUUUUCAAAGCCUUGAAGCAAAUCUUAAUUCUACCCAUACUCAAAGACAAUUGCUUGGUAUGGCCUGGUGGAGCAGUGGAAUAGUAAUUCUCCCAAGUAUCGUUCAUCCUGUGUUGCCUUUAAGGGGACUGAAUGAAAGAACCAUUGUUGUAUAAAGAAAUAAGGACCAGAGAAGAGGCUUUUGCAGACCAUCUUAUUGUAAAAGGGCUAGCACAGGAAUAUUAUCUUGAUUUAUGUCUUAAACACCUGGCUUCUUGAAGUGCGGAGCAAACCAUCUUGAAAAUCAACAGUUUGUUUAGCUGCUCACUUGUUUUAUGGCUCCCUAUAUCAUUUCUCUUGGAAACACAGAGCCAAAAUUUACAUUUUUCCAAGGGAUAGCCUACUGGGUCUGGCUUUAGAUGGGUCCUUAAUGAUUUCACCAAUGAGUGUGUCUUCAUUAUACUAUACCAUGAAGAAGAGGACGUUUUUGUGGGGUACUUGUUAAAUUCUCUGGGAAUCCGGUAGGUUUCAGGGCAGAAAUAGGACUUGCUAUGAAAAGAACGGGGAAAGUUAGUAGUGUUAGUUAAAAGUCUUUGUAAAUGAUUUCUUGUCUGAAUUUCUGAAGAGAUCAUUUUGUGUUCAUGAUUUUGCAAAUUUGCAAAAAUUGCAAUCUGUGAUUGCUUUAUAAGAAAAAGUGCUAAUGUCACUGCAUUAAAUAUCUGUACUCAACUAGGUGAGCACAAUAGUUUGUUCAGUACUAUGUCACCACUGACCUAAUGAGCGGGUGUUGAGUUUCAAAAUUUAAAGUGCAAUGUACAGCUGAAAGGAAUCUGAGCCUUGUAAAAUCCUCUUUAAUAUCUCCAGCAAACAAUGAAUAUUAAAAAGAAAAAGUUUUGAACUUAUUUAAUGCUUCAUGAAAGCAAGCAUCAGCAAUAAUCUAACUAGUGUUGCUAGUUUUGCAUCCCUUACUAAACUCUUGAGAAAUACUCAGUUUCUGCAGCUCUGAUAACAAAAGUGAGCUCAUGCUGCAUUAUCAUACAAUUUUAGGCACUUUUGUUUCCAGUCUUGUUCAGCUUCCAGUCCAGUCAAAAGGUUUAUGUUUUUUUAGAUCAAGGAAAGGAAGUUGGGGAGCUCCAGAUAAUCAUUGAACCACUUCCCAUUGUCUUUAAUCAUGCUUUCUGUUGCAUGAUGAGAACUGAGAGCCCAAAACAUCUGCAGAGUCACUAGUUUUAGAGAAAACUAUGAGUUUUAGAUAAGCUGAGGAAUCUUCUCCAGGUUUUGUCCCAAAACAGCAUUUUUUCAAACUGGAUCCUUUUCUAAUUUUACUUUCUGACUUCUUCCCCCAGAUAGCUGUUUGGGAGAUGGGAACACAAAACACUCCAGGGAUGCAGCUGUGGGUUAGGAGAUUCGCUUACAAUAAUAUUGGGAGAAGACUUAGACUCCCUUCUUAAACUAACCAGUUCAUGGUGAAUGAGACAACAAAAGUGAUUUGUUUGGAGAAGGUGACUUUGCCUGGUACAGUCACUUUGCAGAAUCCGAGGCUCUUGCCUUCCUGGGGACAUUACAUCUGAGAUGUCAGUAUAGAUUUUCUGUUUGAAGUAGUAACUAAAUUCAGGUACUGGAAAAAUCCUGCUGAAAAGGGAAGGCUAGUUUUCUAAAUUCUAGAAUUGUCUUAUUUAGGAACAAUUUUGAGAUUCUGCUCUCAAAAUACAUCCAUAUAGUAUGUUAAUGCAAGGGAGAAGGAUACAAAUAAUUCUAGAAGAGUUUCUCCUCUAGUUCAGGAGCCUCCAUACGCCUGGCAACUUUAAAAUUUGUGGACUUCAACUCGCAGAAUUCCUCAGCCACCCAUGCUCCACAAAGUUGCCAAAUUUGGAGACCUCUGCUCUUUAAAAAGGGAGUGAGUAGAUAGAGAUUUCAGGGGCUAGAUAGGUGGCUGAGGAUAAAGUUUUGUUUCCCAUUCUUUGGUUUGACUAGGUCAGGGAUAGGCAACCUUGGCUCUUUUAUGACUCAUGGACUUCAACUCCCAGAAUUCCUAAGCCAGCCAUGCUGAGGAGAAAGGAAGAGGUUUCCAAGCUGAGCCAUGCUGGCUCAGGAAUUCUGGGAGUUGAAGUCCACGAGUCAUGAAGGGACCAAGGUGGCCUACCCCUAUAUGAGGAUAUUGCAAUCUUUGAAUGCUUGUGGAUUACUUCCAAAGUGAAUUUUUGAAUUUGCUUACCUCAGCAUCAAAUUUAUUUGGAAAGCAUUUAAUUCUUAAUCAACUUGUUUUGUUUUUCCUUAAACAAAGUGGCAGUUUUUAAAAAAGCCUUCAAGAAUACAUGAUUUAUUCUGAAGAGAUUACAUUAAAAUCUGUGGUAUUAUUGAAUAGUAAAUUAUAGGCUGCAGCUUUAAAGCCUGGCUUCUCAUUUUCCACUCUUUCUUUAAAGUGUGUUAAUUCACUUCUUAUAUAAUCCAGUUUAAAUGGUAUUAUCUGAGUAUGCCUCUGUAACAUUUACAUGCAAGAUGAAAGCCACUAUAUCCUCUAAAUUUAGUUUUGAGGUUCCGCAAGGGGAAAUAACUACCUUUCUAUAAUAUCUUACUACCAGAUGUAAUUAAGAAAGUGGACAAUUGUAACUGUAAAUAUGUAAUCAUGAAACCAGAUAUUUAAUUUGUAAAGUUUAUUUGUCAAUCUGUGUUUUGAAAUGACAGCCAAAAUACAUUAGAAGUUCAAUCUUGCCAAUACUUGUAAGUAUCUGAACCAAAGUGAUCAGAGUUUGCGUUACAAAGAAAAGUGUGUUGGGGGAGGGAGAGGGAAUUGCACUGUAUUCCAGAUAAGAAUCCUUUGAUUCUGAAAUUUGGUAAAUUUUUCAUCUGUGUGUAUGUGUAUGGUUUUUUUUUUUUAAAUUCAUUAAAGGUUUUGACCAUUUAGGUCCUGCA